AUGUUUACCCUGCUGAUUUUGGGACUGGUAGUACACAUCUGGGAGUUUUAUUUCUCACCAGCAAACAACUUGUCUUUCCACACAUCCUUCUCACCCCCGCUCCCAGCGAGGCUCGCCGAACAUACACCGCAGCUGAUGCAUGAUCUAUGGACGCCUUUUAUCCACGAUAUCAAUACUACACACUUCUUGACAAAAGAAGGAUAUCAUUACAACAUUCCUCAUGGCACACAUCAUUGGCAAGAGCCCUCAGGCAAGAAGCUGCUCAUCUUGGAUGUCGAUACGCGGCUAGACACAGGCCCUGGCGCCAUGAUGAACGAAUCGUCCUUGAACUCCAAUGAAAUGACAGGGAGAACUGCUGGAAUGAUGAAUCACUACCUCUAUGCUAUGAUUCACGGGUACAACUACCGAUUUAUCCGAGCUCCUCCCUACCCUAAUCGCCAUGGGACCUGGGUCAAGGUCCCAAUGAUCAAAGAAGCGCUCAAGACUCACGAAAUCGUUGUUUUUCUCGACGCCGAUGCCAUCUUUAUGUAUCCGGAGAUGCCCUUCGAGUGGCUGAUGAGUCUAUGGAACGUGACGGAUAAUACUCUGGUCGCUAUGGCCAGUGACCCGAACUCCCCAAGAAACCGCGACGCCAACGGCCGAGUGAUGCAUAACACGGGCUUCAUCAUCGCUCAGCAGAGUAACCGAACACAAGAACUCUUCCACAACUGGGAACAAUGUCCCACGGAUAAAAAAUACAAAGGAUGUAAGCGCUGGGCGAAGGAUUGGGCACAUGAGCAAGCCGCUUUCUCGAAUUAUAUCCGGUAUGAUUAUAAUUCAACAGAGGAGGUUAUCAUGAUACCAUGCAUGGACGGAAAUGGCGCCCCCUACAUUGGCGAUAAGACAUGUGGUGGAGUCUUUGUCCGUCAUCACUGGUUUCACAAGGACUAUCCUGCCAAAGACUUGCUUCGACUCAUGCAGGAUGCGUUCGUGAGUUAG